AUCAUAAUAAAGUCACGAUAUAAAAAUUGAAUAACCCGGGUACAUUUUAAAAUUACACAAUGAAAGUGAUGUGUAUAACAUAUUAGAAAAAGUGCUCAAACCUUAAAAAUAUCAAUUUAGUAAUGGAUGAUAUUCAGAAAAAUGACGAAAGGACUGAAAAUUUUUAUUCCGACGCUGCCAACUACUGGUCUAAAGUCCCAGCCACAGAGGAUGGAAUGUUAGGAGGAUUUGGGUUCAUUUCGAACACAGAUAUCGAAGGGUCGGAAUUAUUUCUAAGAUCAGCCUUCAAGUUAAAAAAUCCUCCGAGAAAAGAAUAUGCUUUAGACUGUGGUUCUGGAAUUGGCAGAAUAUCAAAACAUCUACUUACCAAACACUUCAAAAAAGUUGAUUUGGUUGAGCAAAAUUCCGAGUUUCUAGAAGCAGCAAAAACUUACCUCGCUGGUCGUACAAAAAGAGUUGGGGAAUUUUUUCCCAUAGGUCUGCAAAACUUUUGUCCUGAAGUAGGGAAGUAUGAUGUCAUAUGGUGUCAAUGGGUUUUAGGACAUCUACAAGAUGACGAUUUUAUAAAAUUUUUCAGCCACUGUCAGGCAGGACUCAAAGAGAAUGGCGUGGUAAUAGUAAAAGAAAAUAUAACAAGUUCUGAAAACGUUGAAGUUGAUACACAGGAUUCCUCAGUAACACGCCCACUGAAGGAAUUACAACGUUUAUUUGAUCUGGCUGGAUUUUCUUCUGUAAAGGAACAAAAACAAUCCAGACUUCCACGAGGUCUUUAUCCUGUUUAUAUGUUCAUAUUACGACCUAGAAAAAUCAUACGGAAUUCUGUGAGCAAUGUACUACAGUAGAAAUAAAUAGUUCACAAUUAUCACAUAGAUCAGUUUAAUUCCGACAUUGCACAUAACAAUAAAUAUAUAUAUAUGAUGAUUGUUAAUAUUUAAUUCUUUGAUAUGAAUGAAAUUAUAAAGAAAAACAAGAAAGACCACUUGAAAACCAUACACAAGAAUAAUUUUUAAAAAUUUUAACACUUUUUAAUUCAAUAAAGUUUAUACU